AUGCCUAUCAAGUUCAGUGUGUACAAGGGUUCCAAGGACGGGAUCCAGCAGACUGAGACUGAGCGACAAGACCUCAAGUCCGAUGAUGUACUCGUUCGCAUUACCCACUCUGGCGUUUGUGGGACUGAUGUUCAUUACCAAGGAGCCGACAUGGCGCUCGGCCAUGAAGGAACCGGUGUAGUAGAAGCGACUGGUCCUGAUGCGCACCUCUUAAAGAAAGGUGAACGUGUGGGGUGGGGUUAUGAACACGAUUGUUGCGGCCACUGCAAGCAAUGCCUCACGGGCUGGGAAACAAUGUGUGGUGAGCGCAAGAUGUAUGGCAGCGCCGAUCUCGACCAGGGAUCCUUUGGUACACAUGCUGUGUGGCGUGAGGCCUUCUUGUUCAAGGUUCCCGACAAUAUGAGUAACGAAGACGCUGGUCCCUUGAUGUGCGGUGGAUCGACUGUCUUCAAUGCACUCACCGUCGCGCAAGUUCGUCCGACCGCUCGCGUCGGUGUCGUCGGUGUUGGAGGCCUGGGACAUAUGGCCAUCCAAUUUGCUGCCAAGAUGGGCUGUCAGGUCGUGGUGUUCUCAGGCACGGACAGUAAAAAAGAUGAGGCGCUCAAGUUGGGCGCUGCCGAAUUCUAUGCGACCAAGGGCGUCAAAGAGUUGAAGAUCUCUGCCCCCAUCGACAACCUCCUUGUGACCACCAGUAGCCAGCCAGAUUGGCAGCUCUACCUGAACGUCAUGGCUCCUAAUGGUGUCAUCUCCCCACUCACUGUAGACGCCAACGACCUCAAAAUACCGUACAUGCCACUGCUUGUGAAUGGUCUUCGGGUGCAAGGAGGCAUCGUGUCCUCAAGACAAAUCCACCGGGAUAUGCUCGCAUUUGCUGCCUUCCACGGCAUCAAGCCCAUCAACAUGACCUUCCCUCUGACUCUGGAUGGCGUGAAACAAAGCCUCCAGACCCUGGAGCAAGGCAAAAUGCGAUACCGGGGAGUUCUCGUGGCUUAA